AUGUUCCGUUUAUUAGUGCUAUUAACUGCUGGUUUUUCUAUCGUAUUCUGUGCGGUUGGUGGUCUCAUAGGACGAAUGCAAAGUACGAGAGCAAGCGGUACAUUAAUGUGUAAUGGACGACCUGCUUCAGGGGUACUCAUCAAAUUAUAUGAUGAUGAUAGAGGAUUUGAUACGGAUGAUUUCAUGGGUGAGACAAAAACUGAUUCGAGAGGAAAUUUCGAUAUUUCCGGCCAUCUUCGUGAAAUGUCACGAAUUGAUCCAAAAAUUAACAUUUAUCAUGAUUGCAACGAUGAAUUUAAGCCAUGCCAGAGAAAAGUCAGCAUUACGAUACCAGAUACAUACAUCACAGCAGGAAAAACACCGCGCAAAUCAUAUAAUGCAGGCACACUUGAACUAGCUGGUAAAUUCCCCGGAGAAACUCGCGAUUGUAUACAUUAG